AUUUACUUAGCUCCCUGGUCACUCCUUCCUUGGCUCCGCCCCCCUGGCGAGUGACAGUUCCUGGAAGGAAGCUUUUUCUGGCUGGCUACAGUGUUUAAAGAUUAGAUGCUGACAAAAAGCACCAGAGGAGGCGUCUGAGUUUAGAAGGUGUAGUGUCAGAAGACUCCGAGAAUGUUGUCCUUCCUCAUACUGCUGAUCUGGAGCCAGAUAAUCCCUACUGAGGAGUUUUAGAGCUCCAUGUUUCUUUGAUCAAGUUCCAAGAAGAUAAGUUUCCAUUUUUUUUUCAAAGCAAGGCAAAAAGUUAUAACCGGUGGCACUUGCUGUCAUGGAGAACAACAGCCAUCGAGACCCCAAGGACAAGCCCACAGCCUCCAGCACUGGGAAGGCUUCAGGGGACAAGGAUCGUUUGCUGAUAAAAGCUGUUAGGGAAGGAGACAAAGAGCGGGUCCAGCAAUUGCUGGAAGACGGGGCUGAUGUCAAUUUCCACGGGGAGGAAGGGGGCUGGUCCCCUUUGCACAAUGCAGUAAAGAUGAGAAGGGAGGACAUUGUGCAUCUUCUGCUUCGUCACGGUGCGGACCCUCGUCUGAGGAAGAGGAACGGGGCCACUCCCUUCAUCGUUGCUGGGAUUGUGGGACACAUGGGGCUGCUGGAACUUCUCCUUUCUAAAGGCGCCCAGGUCAACGAGCGUGAUCACCACGGCUUCACGGCGUUCAUGGAAGCAGCUUGUUAUGGCGAGGUCGAAGCCUUGCGAUUCCUGUAUGAGAACGGAGCAGAGGUAAAUUUGGGUCGAGAGACAAUGGAGGACCAGAAGAAGCUUAAAAAAGGAGGGGCUACAGCUCUCAUGGAUGCUGCUAAACAGGGGCAUGUAGAGGUCUUGAGGGUCCUCCUCGACGAGAUGGGGGCAGAUGUGAACGCCCGAGACAAUAUGGGCAGAAGUGCUCUGAUCCACGCUCUCGAGAACCUUAAGAAGAGUGACGUAGUGAUGGACAUUUCUCGCAUUCUCUUGGACCAUGGGGCUAACGUCAACGUGAGGGGAGAAAAGGGGAAGACGCCCCUGAUUCUGGCAGUGGAAAAGGAUCACUUGGAUGUGGUGAAGAUGCUUCUGGAACAGAAACACAUAGAGAUCGAUGAGACAGACAGAGAGGGCAAAACAGCACUGCUGUGGGCUGUCGAACUCAAGCUGACGAAAAUUGCCAAGUUGCUGUGUGACAAAGGAGCCAGCACGGAUUGCGGGAACCUCAUUUACUUAGCGAGGCGCUGUUAUGACACCGCCCUUGAAAAGCUUCUCCUCGACCACGGAGCCAGAGAAGAUUACCACCCCCCUGCUGAGGACUGGGAACCUCAGAGCUCACGCUGGGGGCGGGCCCUGAAACAUCUCCACAACAUAUACCGCCCUAUGAUUGGCAAACUCAAGAUCUUCAUUGACGAAGAAUACAAAAUUGCUGGCACUUCGGAAGGGGGCAUCUACUUGGGGUUGUAUGAAAAGCAAGAGGUAGCUGUGAAACGAUUCCAUGAAGACAGCAGUCGUGGCCAAAAUGAAGUCUCCUGUCUGCAGAGCAUCCGCUCGAACAGCCACUUGGUGACAUUCUAUGGCAGUGAGCACCACGGGGGCCUUCUGUAUGUGUGCAUCUUGCUCUGUGAGCAGACCCUGGAGAUGCACUUGGCCAAGCACAGAAAGGAGGCUGUGGAAAAUCAGGAAGACGAGUUUUCCCGAAACAUCCUCUUAUCUAUAUUUAAGGCUGUUGCUGAGCUACACAUGUCGUGUGGGUACGUGCACCAGGAUCUGCAGCCACGAAACAUCUUAAUAGAUUCCAAGAAUGCUGUUCGCCUGGCAGAUUUUGAUAAAAGCAGCAAGUGGGCUGGAGAGCCAGAGAAAAUCAAGAGCGAUCUAGAGGCCCUUGGGCGGCUGGUCCUAUAUGUAUUAAGGAAGGGAGAUGUCCCUUUUGAGACCCUGAAGACUCAAAGUUAUGAGAAGGUGAUUCAACAUGCUCCAAACGAAGAAACUCAGAACCUCAUUCAGCACCUGUUCUUCCCUGGGGAUAAUGUGAAGAACCCUCUGAGAGACCUGUUGGAUCAUCCUUUCUUUUGGAGCUGGGAGAGCCGCUAUAGGACCCUUAGGGAUGUGGGGAAUGAAAAUGACAUCAAAAUCAGGGAUGUGAACAGCAAUAUCCUCCAACGCCUGAAUCUUGGACCACGAGAUGGUUGCAGAAGUUUUCACCCGUGGACCUCUAAGAUUGAUAAAGAUGUUAUGGACAAAAUGAAUAUGUUUUAUAAAAAAAGUGGCAACUUUUAUCAGGACACUGUGGGGGAUCUGCUAAAGUUCAUCCGGAAUUUGGGGGAACACAUUAAUGAAAAAAAGAAUGAAGAUAUGAAGUUGAUAGUUCAAGACCCUUCCCAGUAUUUUCAGAAGAAAUUUCCCGAUCUGAUCAUCUUCAUCUACAUGAGACUGCGGAACACAGAGUACGAAAAGCAUUUCCCCAAAGCUCACAGUGGGGGCAAUGGGGGCCAGCAGGCUAGCCAGCUGUGAGUGCUGACCGAGCCUUCUGAGCUCAGCGGGGUCCUCAUGAGCCGUGUGAUCCUGGGCAUGUCACAGCUCUCUGGGCUCCUUAACUAACCUGGGUGCUUGUGAGGGAUGAGUUGGAUGGCCAAUGUCAGUUCCUGGCAAUGUCCCCAGCAUUUCCUACAUAUUUAUAAUAAAAAAAGUGUGUGCCCAAAUUACCCUGGUACUUUUUGGGGGAAAGCCAGAGGCAGGAGCUGGAAGGGCAUCCUGCUGAGAUUCCUCUUGUCUAUUGCACUGAAGGAGUGAGUGCCUAAACCUCUAACACUGUAUGUCUCACACCAAUUAUCUCAUGUAAUUAUCCCAAUGAUCUUGCAACAUGGGUUAAUAUCCCCAUUGAAGAACCGAUGAACUUGAGACUCAGUUUAAACUAGUCGCCUCAGACCAUAUGACUUGUACAGAGCACAAGUGUGAAUGGAGAUGGGGUUGUUACCUCUUACAAACGCAUCUUAGAACUUAAUUACUACUCCAGGGAUCAUCUGGAUGAAACCUAAAAGGGAUCUGUCAAAAGGGCUCCUGGUGGCUUCUUCACUCAUUCGUUCGUUCAUUCAUUCAUUCAUUCUUUAUUGAGCACAAGUGAAGGCACUCAUUUUUUACGAAUUUAAUUCCUUCUAGAAUGACCUGCACUGGUUGUCUAUGGAUUUAAGGCAGUAGUACUCAACCAGGAGCAAUUUUGCCUCUCAGGGGCCAUUUGGUAGUGUCUCUGGAUGUUUUUGGUUGUCAAAGCUAGAGGGUAGGUGGGUUAUUGGCACCUAGUGCACAGAGGUCAGGGAUACUGCCAAACAUUCUACAAUGCACAGGCUAGCCCCUCACAUCAAAGAAUUGCCCAGCCUAAAUUACCAGUGGUACCGAGGUUGAGAAACUGCCUUAAGGGGCUGGGACACUUUUGAACUGGUUCAGGGCCCAGGCCCAUGGAGUGUGUGGGCCGUCUCAUGUAGGACUUGGGUUUGCUGUUUUGAUUUUGGAUCUGUAGUGAGCCAGUUCCAGUUCCAGUUCCACCCCCUCAGAAGUCCGCUGAACACCCUCACCUUCCACACCCCAGUCAGAGGGCUCUUUCUGACUCCUUGGUACCUGAAGCCGCAUCAGAGCUUGCUUCUCUCCACCUUGUAUAUUAAGAAAUAUACUAAGGAGGUAUAUAUGAAGAGAAUAUAAGAAGAUAUGAUAGAAGUGUCUUGCUAAAAAUCUAAUCUAUAUUAUGUGAUAAAUAAUACUGUGGAAGUAUCAGAAGAAAGAAACAGCCACACUCUCAUUAUGAUGAUAAACUUUACAAUUUCCAUAUUCUAUCUCAGACUUCGUUUACACUCAUAGGAGAGUGUUGCAUAAUUGACAACCAAGUGUAUUAUUUCAUUCUGAUGCUGCUUUUUAAAUUUACUAUAUUAAAAAC